UCUGGAGCUCACAAACCCAUUUACACACACAUAUGCGCGAACAUACAGAGUCUGGGAGGCGGCUUGGCAUGCUGUUAGCCUAAAUAACUGAUGACAGUGGAGAGAAGAGCAUUUCUUAUGAAUGAGUGAGUCAGAAGUGGCAUCGCUGGAUUGGUUGGAUCCUUCAAGCAAAACUGGUUUCAGGAGCUUGGACUCAAACGACACCAUAGUGUGUCCUGGUGCCUUUGUGUACGAUUAGAAAUAGGGACUGAGUUCAUUCUUGUGUUUGUGUAGACUAGGAAUACUCUGCGCUCUGGUGCGAGGUUGAAAACCAAGGUCCGGGUGUCCUGUAAGGUGCUGAGCAUGUCUUUUGCAAUGGUGCGACCAACCCCAGGUCAUUUCUUGUGCUCUGAGAUCAGCAUGCAUUCCGAGGAUGACGACAACGGCAGCGAGGGUUCUGGAUCCGAAGACAAGUCCUUCCGUAUGGCCAGCCACAACUACGGUGCCUUUAAGUUGGGUGCUCGCAAAAAGAGGUAUAGUUGCCGACCGGUGGCAGUUCCUACUGAGAUCCGUCCACAGAUCGUUGAGGUACGGCAGCGGAACGCCGCAAAUGCCCGAGAGCGGGAUCGCACGAACAGUGUGAACACAGCGUUCACCGCUCUGAGGACACUGAUACCCACCGAACCAGCCGACAGGAAGCUGUCCAAGAUUGAGACGUUGCGGUUGGCCUCCAGCUACAUCUCGCACCUGGGGAACGUCUUGCUAGUUGGAGAGGAGUGUGGAGAUGGCCAGCCCUGUCUCAGGAGCUCUGGAGCCUUGUAUCAUCACCACCACAAUCUCCCGAAGAGCUCCACACCCAGCCCGGACUCAGAAAACUCACAGCCCAGACAGAUCUGCACCUUCUGCCUCAGUAACCAGAGACGGCUGAACAAAGACAGAGAAAGAAAAACUGCGUUAAGGAGUUAAUGAUGAGGAGAAGAGAGAGUAAAAGAGCGUUCCCAUCACAUCUAUCUGAAGAAGCGUGCCUGAGCGAACUGCACAUUUAGUGUAAAUUUCCUGUAAAUGAUGUUUAAUUAAUGCUUAACUUACUGGUGGACGGCAUUAUAACGGACAGCUACACUGCCUUUCUGCAUUUCCAUAUUUAGAAGCCAAGAACUGUGUGAAUUUAAUCAUAACCUCUUUAUUUUUGUGUUUUAUACAGAGGUGAUAUACUUUUAUACAAACGUGAAAUGAACAAAAGACUUUUGACUAACACUAUGAGGAUUGUAAUUUAAAAACAGGAAAAGAAAAAGAUACAAAAGAAAAGAGGAACUUGUAACAACAGCUAAAUUUCAGCUAACCAGUACAAACCCUGUUUGUGUCCUUCUGGUUUUGUCUAUAGACUAUAGUGUAUAUAUUUUAUAUGCACUACACUGAACUUUACCUAUGCUGACGUCUAAAAAACAAGGCUUUUCUGCUAUCAGAGCACAUUCCUACAGUACGAGCAAACAUCAAUGUUAAGAAGUUUUGAAAACCUGUAACAUAAUUGUUGUUAUUAUUAUUAUUUAUUUAUGCCAAUUAAACAUUAAAAACAUUGUAUACGUCAGGGUUGCAAAAUAUUGAGUGUGAAAUCAGACUGUGAGAGGCCUGGAGGAGUAACAGAGAAAAAGAGAUUGAAAGAUGAACAGGGAAGGGAAGCAAUACUAAGUCUGGUUCUGUAAGUAUAGUCUAGAUGAGAUCUGCAGGUAGAUUGCUGCUGGCAGACAGUGUCCUCUACUUUACCUCUGACCACAAGCUCUCACAUAUACACACAUACACACACAGGCAAGUCUGGGACUUGCAUAUUAGGAACCUCCCUUACCAAAUGUUUAAUGUAAAUGCCUGUCCUGGGUCAUCAGCAUUACCUUGCCCUUGCCCUACAAUUGUCAUUCAAAGUCAAAUAGAUCAAGAAUUAAUUGCACUGAAUUUCUCAUCAACAACCCUAAGCAUUUAACCUUCCGGCUACUUGAGCUGCUGUAUUUAUUAGUAUUUAUUAAACAGGAA